AUGAAUUAAAACAAUUUAAAAGCAAGUCUGGCCAUUUCAAACUCUGGUUUUGACUAUUGUUUGUCAUAAGAUGAGAAACUGUUGUACAUUAUCUCAACCGAUCAAUUAAUUACCUAUGAAAUAUUAACUGAGAAAUAAAACAUUAUAGCACAAUUAGAGGAUAUGAACUUAAGUCAUCCUAAAAUUUGUGUAUCAUCAAACAAUUCAAUUUGUUGCGUGAGUGCAUAAGCAAUAAUAAAGGGGUAAGUUAGUUUUGUUCUACUUAAAUUCGAUGUAGAGAAGAAAGUACUUUCGGAAACUUAUAUAAAUUAUCAUUUAAUGUAAGUUGAAAUGCUAGAGUUUUUACAGAAUUCUUAAAUGUUAAUUAGUUUAAGCAUUGAUACAACAAUCAAAAUUUUUGACUUUGCCCUUUAAAAACCAAAGACUAUUUUAACAAGAUGUAAAUACAGGGCACUUUAUUGUAAGUUAAUGUAGAAUUAGAACAGAUUAUUUAUCAUUGAUAAUUUAAGUAAAGUACAGUUACUUGAUGUAAAUACUGAAAAACUGAUAAAAGGUUUCUAGCUAAGAUCAGGUAAUUUUCGUAAGGCCAAACUUGAAAAAAAUGGCAUAAUGGCUUUGAUUGCCAAAUCUUAAAAAUGCUUCUUGUAUAAUUUACCAAAACAAAAACUUAUUAGAAAGUACGAGAUAAGUGAUGAUUUCAAAUAAUUAAUAUUACUCACUGACUAUUUGAUUUUUUAAGAUGAUGGCUUAAUUAUACUAGUAAAUGUUGCCACUGGCAAAUAAAAGUAAAUAAAUUUAAAAGACAUUCAAAAUAUUAACCAUUUGACUUUUUAUCAAAACUUAAACAAAUUAAUCAUUGGCGAUAGAGAUUAAAUACACUUCUUUGAUAAGAUAUACUUUUAGGAAUAAUGA